UCAGCGUUCUGAGGUCAUUCCAGUCGGUCGAUACACAUUCUCGGACCGUCGUCAGCGGAGCUGUUCCGAGUGGAAGCCUUUAGUCGCGCGUCACGCUCAAAGCUGCGAAACACCGAGAAGUAGACAUUCCUCCGAGGGGGAAAAAAAAAAGAAAGAAGAAUGACAAAUUUAAGCAGCGAUAUUACACUGUGGAAUGAGGAUAAAAUGCCCAUUAUCGGCCUGGGAACUUGGAACAACGUGUCUGAAGAAGGAGUCCACGCUGCGGUCGACGCGGCUCUGAAGGUCGGAUACAGGCACAUCGACACGGCCUACACGUACGGGAACGAAGCUGCCAUCGGGAGGGCCUUGAAGAAGUGGUUCGACCAGGGGGACGUAAAGCGCGAAGACCUCUUCAUCGCGACGAAGCUACCGCUUCAAGGCAUGCAGCCGGAGAGGGUGGAUAAAUACUUGGGCCGGUCUCUCGCCGCCCUUCAGCUCUCGUACGUGGACCUGUACCUGGUCCAGUUCCCGUGCGGCUGUCCCGAGAAGGGCAGUGACCUGCUGCUGCCCCUGGACGAGAGCGGGGCCCUGAUAGCCGACCCGACGACCGACCACGUCGCCGUGUGGAAGGCGAUGGAGCGGCAAGUGCUCGCCGGGCGGGCCCGCUCCGUCGGGCUGAGCCACUUCAACGCCCGCCAGCUGCUGCGCGUGGCCCAGGCGGCGCAGCUGCGCCCCGCCUGCUUGCAGCUGGAGCUGCACGCCUACUGCCAGCAGCGUGAGCUGGCGGCCUUCUGCAAGGGACUCGAGUUGCCCGUCGUCGCCUGCGCGCCGCUCUCCUCGCCCGAGUUCCUGCAGCUGGCCGACGACCCCGACUCGGAGAUGACGUGCCUACCCAAAAUAAGUCCACUGCUUGACCCCGUCGUGGCAGAAAUCGCUCACAAGCACAAGAAGACUCCUGCACAAAUACUUCUGCGCCACUCAGUACAACGAGGGAUCGCUGUGAUCCCUAAAAGCGUUAAUCCGGCAAGAAUCAAGGAGAACUUUCAGAUAUUCGACUUCGAACUGGAUGAAGAUGACGUUUGGGAGCUGGAUUCAAUUGAUAGGUGGAAUAGGGGCAGAGUAUUCGAUAAGAAAUUUUUUAGAGGGAUGGAGAGUCACCCAGAAUUUCCAUUCAAUGAUCCCUACUGAUCUUCAUGACCACCAGGAUGUUAACGCCGAAAGACCACUUCACGAACAUCUUCACAACAUUUUUGUUUUCUAUUGCACAGUUGUAAUUAUUAUACUUGCAUAUUAUUUUCAAUAUUAUUAUAACAAUAAAGUAUGUUUUUUUUUCUCA